CUUCAUUGAUGGCUGAUCCUAGUCCGGCAAGUUUUUGGACGCAGGCAAAUGCGUUACUCAGGAAGAACUUAACCUACCAGAGGAAACAUAUAUGGACGAAUGUACGGCUCAUCCUAGUUCCACUCUUCCUCUGCUUAAUUCUCCUAGCGAUUCAACAUGUUCUCGAUGCGCUGAUGAAGGGUGUCUCUGAUAUGACUGGUGAUUGUAAGAGUAACGCUGAUUUAUCUGGCGGUAUGUGUCCCAUCCCAAACCCUCCCAUGUUGCCUCCCAUGUUGCAGAUUCCACAGCAUGAACUCCGUUCUGUUAAAACCGAAUUUCUUCCCUACAAAGACCUCCCUGACAAGUCCUGUAGAGGAACAAUGGGAGGAUCUUGUCCUGUAACUAUACUUAUGACUGGUGACAAACAGCCCCUUGGUAAACCUAUAUCCGCGAAUAUAUUUGCUACUUCUUUCGCGGUUAAUUCCUCCGACCUCUUGCCUACUUUAGCCAAUAAUAUCUUGGGUUCACCAAUAGCAGCAGAUAAAGACAAUUACGCAGAUCCAGGUCUUGCCCCAGGUCUCCCUAUCUACAGUAUCCAACCUCUGUGCAGUGCAAACUCUACAUGGCCACUCUCUCUCGAAAAAAUUCAGACAGAGGUGAAGUGUGUUCAAGGGUUGUGUCUCUGGAGAAAUAACUCUGCAGAUGUCAAUAAUGAGCUUUUCAAGGGUAGUUAUAGGGGAAACCCUGCUGGGAUUACAAAUGAGAUCGCUGCAGCAUACGAUCUCAUGAGUACGGAUAAGAAAAACUUCAAUGUGACCAUCUGGUAUAACUCAACCUACAAGGACGAGUUUUCAACUGGGCCUGUGAAGCUGGUCCGAGUUCCACGAUCUAUCAAUCUGAUAUCAAAUGCUUAUCUAAAGUUUCUGAAAGGCCCUGGGCUAAGGAUAUUAUUUGAGUUUGUCAAAGAAGUUCCUAAACACGCAACUAGACUGAAUACUGACAUAGCGUCCUUGCUUGGCCCACUUUUCUUCACUUGGGUAGUUCUUCUUUUGUUCCCCGUGAUUUUGACAUCAUUGGUGUAUGAGAAACAAGAACGUCUAAGGAUUAUAAUGAAAAUGCACGGCCUAGGCGAUGGUCCAUAUUGGUUGAUUUCAUAUGCCUAUUUUCUAACCAUAUCCGUGUUGUACGUUGCUUCUUUGGUGAUCUUCGGGUCAGUGAUAGGACUCAAGUACUUUCGGCUCAAUUCCUAUAGCAUUCAGUUCGUUUUCUAUUUUAUCUACUUGAAUCUGCAAAUCGCUCUUUCCUUUCUUGUUUCUUCAAUAUUCUCGAAGGUUAAGACUGUUACAGUCGUUGCUUACAUAUUGGUGUACGGUACUGGGCUCUUGGGAAGCUUUCUCUUCCAGAAGAUGCUUGAAACUCAGUCUUUUCCGGAGGAAUGGAUUGUUGCCUUGGAAUUGUAUCCUGGUUUUUCUCUGUACCGCGGGUUGUAUGAGUUUUCACAAUAUGCCUCCAGGGGAAAUGGGAUGAAGUGGCAAGAUCUCAGUGAUAGUGGAAUGGGUGAAGUUUUAUGCAUCAUGUCAAUAGAGUGGUUACUGGCUAUCAUCAUAGCUUUCUAUAUUGAUCAAGUUUUCUCAUCUGGGAAGCACCCUUUCUUUUUCUUGAACCCUUUCAAGAAAUCUUCAUCUAUACCAAGUAAGCCUACCGUGCAGAGGGUGGAUUCUAAAAAAGUCUCCAUAGAUAUGGGAAAAAUAGAUGUCUCUCAGGAGAGAGAAAUGGUUCAACAAUUGAGAAAUGAAGGUAGCGCAGGGCACGCCAUCUUGUGUGACAACUUGAAAAAAGUGUAUCCAGGUAGAGAUGGAAACCCUCCAAAAAUGGCAGUAAGAGGGUUAUAUCUCGACGUUCCUUCAGGAGAAUGCUUCGGCAUGCUAGGACCUAAUGGCGCUGGAAAAACAUCCUUCAUCAGCAUGAUGACAGGGCUACUCAAACCUUCAUCUGGAACUGCAUUGGUUCAGGGUUUGGAUAUAUGCAAGGAUAUGAACAAAGUAUACACUAGCAUGGGCGUUUGCCCACAACACGACUUACUUUGGGAGAUACUAACAGGGAGAGAACAUCUUCUCUUUUACGGGCGACUCAAGAACAUUAAGGGCUCUGCUCUAACGCAAGCCGUGGAAGAAUCUCUAAAGAGUGUCAGCCUUUUCGAUGGAGGAGUUGGCGACAAGCCUGCUGGAAAUUACAGUGGAGGUAUGAAAAGGCGGCUUAGUGUGGCUAUAUCACUUAUUGGGAACCCCAAGGUAGUUUAUUUGGAUGAGCCAAGCACAGGACUUGAUCCAGCCUCGAGGAAGAACUUAUGGGAUGUGAUUCAGCGUGCAAAACAAAACACAGCAAUUAUCCUCACAACUCACUCGAUGGAAGAAGCAGAGUUUCUAAGUGAUAGAUUGGGGAUAUUUGUAGACGGAGCCUUGCAAUGCAUAGGAAACUCCAAGGAACUAAAGAGCAGAUACGGUGGAUCAUAUGUGUUCACGAUGACAACAUCUUCAGAACAUGAGGAAGAUGUCGAGAGAUUGGUUUCAACUGUAUCUCACAACGCCAAGAAAGUAUAUCAUCUCGCUGGUACACAGAAGUUCGAGCUCCCAAAGAACGAAGUUAGGAUUGCUGAGGUGUUUAGGGCUGUAGAAAAGGCUAAAUCCAACUUCACAGUCUUUGCUUGGGGACUUGCCGACACAACUCUCGAAGAUGUCUUCAUCAAAGUCGCUAAAUCUGCUCAAGCCUUCAUUUCCUUGUCUUGA